AUGGCCAGGCACCGCCUGCUCCUUGCCGCCGCCGUCGUUCUAGCCCUCGCCGCCGCAUCCAUCGCUGACGACGCGCGCCAGAUUCUCCUACGCAUGUACAUGCACAACGUCUUCGGCCCGCCGGGCCAGAGGGUGGUGCUCAUCGUCAAGGGCGCCGGCCCCAUGAACCCGUCCAUGCCGCCGGAGCACUACUUCGGUGAGACGUACGCGUUCGACGACUCCCUCACCCAGAACCGGAGCUCCUCGUCCAAGCAGGCAGGCCGUGCGCAGGGCACCGCCAUGCUGGCGUCCAUGCGGCACCCGGUGUACCUGGUGAACAUGGUGAUGCUGCUCACUGGCGGCGAGUACGACGGGAGCACCAUCGUCGUGGAGGGCCGGCUCGACGCGUCCAAGAAGGAGAGGGAGCUGGCGGUGGUCGGCGGCACCGGGGAGUUCCGUCUGGCGUCCGGCUACGUCAACUGCACCACGGCAAGGGAGGAGAAGAAGUUCACCGUCUACGAGCUCAACGUCAACGCCACCAUCCCCGGCGAUGACAGCGAGCCAGAGCCUGAUACGGGGAGGCGACGCCGACGAAUCCCUCAUUUCUGA